CUCGUGCCAGUGCAUCCGUGCGCCAGACCAAACUCAAUGGGAGCUGUGCCCCUCAAUUGAAGUCUCGUGAUUUGACUCACUGUAAAGAACUCGAGGUACAACGGUUAGAUACCAAAUUCCAAGUCUUUGACCGCAGAGCGCGUGGCACCAGGCACAACUGGUACGGCAGACUGCACGCGAGAGGAGCAAACACCAAACACCGCGAGCAAAACGCACUAGAGGGGCAUAUCCAAGCGCAGAGUAGCCAUGGCUACCAAAGGCGAGCCCAUCCUCCCGCUGCCGGGCAAGGAGAACAUCCUGGUCACCAGCGCGUUGCCCUAUGUCAACAACGUGCCUCACCUGGGCAACAUCAUUGGUAGUGUGCUCUCCGCCGACGUGUUUGCGCGCUUCUGCCGCGCACGAGGCCUGCAGACGCUCUACGUCUGCGGCUCUGACGAGUACGGCACCGCAACCGAGACGAAGGCGCUCGAGGAGGGCGUAGACCCGGCCACGCUUUGCGCCAAGUAUCACGCCAUUCACAAGGACAUCUACGACUGGUUCAGAAUCGAGUUCGACGUCUUUGGUCGCACUCCCACGGACGAGCACACCCUGAUUGUCCAGGACAUCUUCACCAAGCUGUGGAACAAUGGCUUCAUUGAGCAGCAGGAGACCACCCAGGCCUUUUGCGCCGUCCCUGCCCACAACACCUUUCUUGCCGACCGCUUUGUCGAGGGCGAGUGCAGUAUCUGCCACUACACGGGUGCCCGUGGCGACCAGUGCGACAGCUGUGGAAACCUCCUUGACCCUAUGGAACCGGACAAGGAUGGCUCUGCCCCCGAUGACGCUAAAGCUACAGGCUGGCUUCUGAACCCCCGAUGCAAAGUCGACGGCUCGACCCCAGAAAAGCGCAGGACGAGACAUCUCUUCAUCCGCCUUGACGAGCUUCAGAACGAGAUUUUGCCAUGGCUAGCCAAGGUUGAGGGGGGAUGGAGCUCCAACUGCGUUGCCAUCACCAGAUCGUGGAUCGACAAGGGGCUCAAGCCCCGUGGGAUCAGCCGGGACCUUCGGUGGGGAGUGCCAAUCCCCAAGGGCCUCGAUGGCCUGUCCGACGAAGAGUAUGCUUGCAAGGUGUUUUACGUCUGGUUUGAUGCUUGCAUUGGUUACCCUUCCAUCACCAAAACAUAUACCGACGCUGGCAACCUCGCUGGAAAGAACUGGGAGAAGUGGUGGAAGAACCCUGAUGAAGUGACGUUGUUCCAGUUCAUGGGGAAGGACAAUGUCCCAUUCCACACCAUCAUAUUCCCGGCCUCCCAACUCGGUACCAAAGACAACUGGACCAAAGUCAACCACCUGUCCACCUCGGAAUACCUCAACUACGAGGGUGGCAAGUUCAGCAAGUCCAAGGGGGUUGGCGUUUUUGGAAACACCGCACGGGACACUGGUAUCGAUCCUGAUGUCUGGCGGUAUUAUCUGCUGUCGCGACGUCCCGAGAGCAGCGAUGCCGAGUUCAAGUGGGAGGAGUUUAUUGACGGCAAUAAUAACGACCUCCUCAAGAACCUAGGCAACUUGGUUCAGAGAGUUGUCAAGUUCUGUCAUGCCAAGAUGGGCGCUGUGAUCCCGCCGCAGUCCAAAUCCACGGUGGAGACCUUUGAGCAGCACAAAGCGGAGGUGAACAAGCUGCUCCAGGAGUACAUCGCCAAUGUCAAGGGGACCAAGCUGAGAGCAGGUCUUGCCACGGCCCUAAGUGUGUCGGCCCUGGGAAAUAAACUGCUGCAAGAUCACAAGCUAGGCAACCAACUUGUGGAUGAGAACCUUGAUCUUGCCAAUGGCCUCAUCGCUCUCGCUCUCGAGCACCUCCAUCUCCUAGCAAGCCUGAUAUCCCCUUAUCUGCCUGGAACAGCGCGGUCAAUCAUGAGGCAGAUAGGUGCAGUCUCUGCGGGGGAGACGGUUCUGGAUUCGUCCUUCAUCAUCCCUGACGUCUGGAACGCAGACAUGCUUGAGGCGGGCAAGCCCAUCGGAGAGCCUGAGAGGCCAUUUUCGGUGAUUCCCGCGUCAAAGUUGGAGGAGUGGCGUGAGGCUUUCGGAGGAGAGGAGCUGCGGAAGCAGAAGGCGAUCGAGGCGGAGAAGGCUGCCGCCAAGAAGGCCGCAAAAGAGAAGGAAAAGGAGAAGAAGCGCCUCAAGAAGGAGGCGCAGAAGGCUGCCGCCGCCACCUCCUCUGGCCCCGGGCCCACCCCCACUGCUCUCCCACUCAGGCCGGCAAGUGCAGUUAAUUCGGCAGCCGUAGCGCCGGCUCCGAGCGCACCAGCUAAGGAGGUGACGUCGGCUCAGCUCGAGAAGGCAGUAGAGAAGUCGUAGGGGCCCCCUGUUGUUGAUACUCAGCAGUUUCGCGACUCCGCAAAAUGCGAAAGUUUGGUGUCGUGGGCUAGAGGAUGGUGUCAGGUGUUUCAAAAUUUCAUGUAACAAGGUUUCAUGGCGCAAAGUGGUGCUUUAGUUUUCAUAACCUGGCUGGGUUGGCUGAGGAAUGUGAGUUGCUGCGAAUGUAAAAGAAGCAAAUGUGGACGAGGCUAGAUAAGUACUAGGUAGCUAGGUGACUGCAUUUUCGGCUCGCUUUUCACAUCUUGCCCGUUUGACCGUG